AUGUCUGACGUUAUCAAUUCAUGUGAUAAUGAUAGGAGUGGUAACAAUUGUGUAUUUCCACAAGGAUUGUUUUUUGGAAAUAGUAGUGAUUCUUUUGAUGGUAGAUUAGCAAUGACUCAACUUACUCAUUUCGAUUGUGGUGGAAUAGCAGUCAGCUUUUGCUUCUCUCACAAGAUUGUCGAUGGAUAUAGUGCUGGCAAAUUUAUGAGUGGCUGGGCUGCUAUUGCUAAAGACCCGAAUCAUGCAAUACCAUUUCCUCAAUUCGAUGGAGCAUCCUUUUUCCCACCUAUUCAUAAUGUUAGCACAUCAGAGGUGAACAACUUACCACAGGAAGGACUAGUACAACAACCUGCAAAGAUGAAUAAUACAUCAUUUCGACCAUCAACAUUCACACUAUUUGCAAACAUGCGUCCACCAUUACCUCUUAACACUAUUGGAAAUGCUCCCGAUUAUAUUUCCAUAUCAAUUGAAGAGGAAGUAGAUAUGCAGCUACCAAGGAUCGUUACUGAACUAAGGAAAGGGAAAGAAAAACUCCGGAACAGAUUCAAUACUGUUAAUCCUAACAAAUUGGUGUUUUAA